GCACUUGGUGUGGAGAUCUUUACUGCCCUAAAGGAGUCCGUGGAGAAAACCCUGAGUGACCUCGUGAAGGAGAUCAAAGACAAACAGAACGCUACAAAGGAAAAGGCCGAAGACCUCGUCAAAGGACUGGAACUGGAAAUCCCUGAUCUUAAGAAGAAGAGCUCUGUGAUGAAGCCGCUUUUAGAAUCUGAAGAUCGCCUCGACUUUCUUCAAAAGUUCUCGGCUCUGAAAGCGAGUCCACCGACCAAGGACUGGUCGGUGGUACCGUCAUAUGAGGGGGCCGCGCUGAGAGCUGUGACUCAACUGCAGAAGACAAUCAUGGAAAUGAUAGAGAAAUUUUUGACUGAAGCCAAGCUGAAGGAAGCCAAGAAGUUUGCAGUAGACGUGACUCUUGAUCCUCAAACUGCCAAUGCGUUCCUUGUCCUGUCUAGUGAUAGAAAGCAAGUUCACUCUGUGCAAAAAAAAGUGGAUGCCCCAGAUGAUCCAAAGAGAUUUUCCCACAUCUUUGCCAUUUUGGGAGAGCAGAGUUUCUCCAGUGGUAAAUUUUACUUUGAGGUUGAGGUGAAAGGAAAGCUAUUCUGGGGGUUAGGAGUAGCCGAGGAGUUCGCUGAAAGAACGGGAAUGAUCUCAUUCAACCCUGAGAAUGGUUUCAGGACGAUUUGUAUAAGAAAAGGAGAAAAACUCAAAGCUAAUGAAAGCCAACCUGUUGAUGUGGUUUGGUCUGUGCUUGAGAAGGUGGGUGUGUUUGUGGAUUUCGAUGAGGGCUCAGUCGCAUUUUAUGAUGUUGAUACUCCAGCUCCUAUCUACACUUUUACGAACAACAGUUUCGUCAAACUACGCCCAUUCCUUGGUUCAUUUCCAAGCUAUGGUUUAUUAAACCUUAAACCUCUAACCAUCUGCCCUGUCAAUGAAACUGCUUAG